UGGCAGAGCUGAUUGGUUGCAGUUUUGGAGACCGCGCGGGGUUUUUGUAGAGUUGUUUUGGGCUGAGUUCGCAGAGAAGAUAAUGGCCGGGCAGGGUGUUGUGCGGGAGCUGCUGGGCCCUCUGCACCCAUAUAAGAGCGACGACGAGGAGGACUGUGCGCAGGAGGAGGACGGGGAGCAGGACUCGGAGUUUGUGGAUGCGGAGGAGCUGUGCAGCGGGGGCAUCAAGGCGGGCAGCCUCCCUGGGCGCAUGAGAGUGUCUAUUCCUGAUGAAAAUACUAAAGAGAAAUGUACCGUGUAUGGACGUUUCCCACUCCAAGGUCCAUGGUGGCGCGUGAAGGUCCAGGUUGUGAAACCGGUGCGAUCCAAGAGCUAUCAAGUUCAAGGCUUUCCGUCAUACUUUCUGCAGGCUGAUAUGUCACCACCAGGUCAAAAACAUAUCUGUUCCCUUUUUCUUAAAGAAUGCAACUUAGCCCCUGAGCACAUACAGGCAUUUUUAGAAUGGGUAGAUAAAGUGUCAAGCUUUGAAAAGCUAAACUUUGGAAAUCUCCGGGAAAUGUUAAGAAGUUUCUACAUAGAAACCGAAAGGAAAGAUAAAAAGCAAUCUACACAGCGUGACCAGAGUGAUGAGCUGAAAGUGGAAAAAUCAUUCCCAUUUGUAACUGCAAUGACAGCUUUGCAGUUCCCCAAAGUCAUGGAAUUCCUUCCAACGCUUUUUCCUCGACACUUCAACAGGCUUAUCAGCUCAUGUUCUGAUUGGGUGCUUGGACGCAUAGAGGAGAUUCUGGGUACAGAACCGUGGAAGCUGGGCUUCAGGAGGAUAACCUACGCAGAGCUGAACCUGCUGCGCUGCGAGGCCAGCUGGAUGGUGUUCAGUCAGUGCCCCUCACUGCUCCGGCUGAUGACGCCCCUGCAGAAGAAUGCAUUGGUCCUAUAUUCUAAGCUGAGGCAGACAUGCAGAGAAGACGGGCACACUUACGUUGAAGUAAAGGACUUGACCUCGGGCUUGUCCGAGCAUAUGUCAUUCGAGGAAGCAUGUCAGUCUCUGGUGUUUCUGAGGGACAUUGAGGUGGUCACCUAUGAGAAGGACUGCGUCUUUCUUUAUGAGCUGUACCAGGCCGAGCAAGACAUAGCCUCCUCCAUAUGCGAGCUGAUGAACAGACCCCCGUGGCAUUUGAAAGUGGACGUGAAGAACGUCCUGGCGUCAAUUAGCGGCGCAAAGCGCUGCGAUCCAGGAAGUGCUGAGGUCGUGGAAGGGAGCAAGCCAGAUGAGGUGGGGUCAGAUCAGGGUGCCAGUGUUUUAGACGCCCAAGACAGCGGUGACCAUGUUAAAAGCAAUGGCAAAGAACACAUCGCGGAUGCAGAGAUAAACGACAUCCCACUGGAUCGAGAUCAGGUGGUUGCCCUGGAAACCAUCUGCACCAAUGCGGUGACAGUCCUCAGCGGGAAAGGCGGCUGUGGGAAGACCACCAUUGUUAGCCGUCUUUUUAAACACGUGGAGCAGCUAGAAGAAAGGGAAGUGCAGCAAGCCUGUGAAGAUUUUGAACAAGACCAGGAAGCCUCAGAAGAAUGGCUUGCCUUUCCUAAGCAGAGUCCAGCCGGGGUGGACAAGGCUAUAGAAGUUUUGCUCACCGCACCUACAGGGAAGGCAGCUGGCUUAUUGAGGCAGAAGACCGAGCUUCCGGCUUACACGCUAUGUCAGGUCAAUUACAGCUUCUAUAUGUGGAAGAAAAGUGAAGUGGACAAGCCGUGGAAAUUCUCUACAGUUCGAGUUCUGGUUGUGGACGAAGGGAGUUUGGUGUCUGUAGGAAUCUUCAAGUCAGUUCUGAAGUUACUGCGUGAACACUCCAAACUGUCUAAACUAAUAAUCCUUGGUGAUAUUAGACAGUUACCCAGUAUUGAACCUGGUAACUUGCUGCAGGAUAUUUUUGAGACUCUUAAGUCAAGACAGUGUGCCAUCGAACUAAAGACAAACCACAGGACAGAGUCUCAGCUGAUUGUAGACAAUGCUACAAGAAUCUCCAGGCGUCAGUUUCCAGAAUUUGAUGCAGAAUUAAGUAUCUCUGAUAAUUCUACGUUACCCCUCUCCAUUCAAGAUAAGACAUUUAUUUUUGUGAGACUUCCUGAAGAGGACGGCAGUUCUCAGUCAUCUAAAGGUGAACACCGAUCUAAUUUAUAUUCUGCAGUUAAAACUUUGCUUCAAGGAAAGGACUUCUGCAGUUUUGAAUGUUCAAAAACAUCGCAAUUUAUUGCAUUUAGAAGACAAGACUGUGACCUCAUCAAUGACUGCUGCUGCAAGCACUAUGCAGACCACAUCAUCAAAGACCAUGAGAAGAAACUCGUCUUUGCCAUUGGCGAUAAGAUCUGUUGUACCCGGAAUGCGUACCUCUCGGAAUUACUCCCUGACAAUGACCAGGAAGCCAACGGGAAAGGCUCUGGAGAUGCCCCUGGUGAUGAUGCUAAAACCAAACAGGAUUUUGAAAAUAGCAUUCGGCUGUGCAAUGGGGAAAUAUUUUUCAUAACACGGGAUGUAACCGACGUAACUUCCAGAAGAAAAAGACUUUUGACCAUUAAUAAUGAGGCUGGCUUAGAAGUGACUGUGGACUUUAGCAAACUAAUGGCAAACUGUCAAAUAAAGCACGCCUGGGCAAGGACCAUUCAUACUUUUCAGGGGUCCGAGGAGAACACAGUUGUCUAUGUAGUGGGGAAGGCAGGCCGCCAGCACUGGCAACACGUUUACACAGCAGUGACCCGGGGCCGCUCCAGAGUGUACAUCAUCGCGGAAGAGUCUGAACUCAGAAGUGCCAUCCGGAAACGCAGUUUCCCCAGACAGACGCGUUUGAAACACUUCUUGCAGAAGAAGCUCUCCGACAGCUGUGCACCUUCACCAGGUUUCCCAUCUCAGCCGUCGAGCCCUCGAGUUGGAGGAAGACAGGGCACGCCGCCUUCAGCAUCUCCCCUCUGUAGAACCCCAGACAACAAAGCUACUGCAAACAGCGCUAGCGGUGAGGCGUCUUCAGCCACAAAGGAGAGGUUCUCCUUUGACGAAGGAUGGUUGUCAACUUCCUUCAAUGAUAUGGACACAGAAGAAGAGUCAGCGCAGCUCAGACGGUCCAAAAGAACUGGUGACGGCUUUCCAUUUGAUGAAGAAAGCCCCAGUAAAUUCCGUAUGGUUGAAGAAUCAUCUCCACAAGUGUCUUCUAUAUUUCAGAAUCUGAGGUUGAAUAAACUAAUUCCCAGACAACUUUUUAAACCCACGGACAAUCAAGAAACAGCUAAGUCAGGUGUGAUGGAUCACACCAAUGAUCCCAGCAAUCCAGAGAUGGAAACAGGGUCCUGAGUUCAUGGCCAGCCUGGGCAACAUCACAAGACCCUGUUCAG